AAGAAACGGAAGAAAGGCGGAAAUGACCGAAUCAUCAUCUCUAAUCUUGGACCAUGCGUGAGUGGAGGUGACCUUAGUUGUUAGCAAAUUGUGAAGAAACGUGUGCGCCGCAGUCGGACUUCCGGUCUGGUUUGAAUGAAAAGCUGGUUGUGAGUGUUUUUUAAAGGAGCAGAGGUGGGGGUCCGCAGAGAUGGCAGAAGCACAUCAGACACGCGUGCAGAAGGUGGUCGAAGACAUGGUCCAAGGUCUGGAGAGGGAUCACAUCCGGAAGAUGCAGGGACGCAUGUUCAGAUGCAGCGCAGAAUGCUGCGAUCGCCCCUCUGAGUCCAUGUCCCAGGUCCAUCAGUGCAUCGAGAGGUGUCACACUCCUCUAGCCCAGGCUCAGGGACUGGUCACCUCAGAGCUGGAGAAGUUUCAGGACCGCCUGACCCGAUGCACGAUGCACUGCAACGACAAGGCGAAGGAUCUGUUCGACUCCGGCUCAAAGGAGCCGGCCGUGCGGUCGCUCAUGGACCGCUGCGUGGGCAGCUGCGUGGACGACCACAUUAACCUGGUCCCCAGCAUGACCCGCAGACUCAAGGAGAACCUGGACUCUAUACAGCAGUGAGGAGCGACUAGUCUGGACUCGGUAGACGGGGGAUUUCAGGGCGAGAACCAAUAAACGACGGGAAGAGGGCAGUCCAAAGACCGAUGGUUAUUGUGAGAUUUGUUACCCGAGCUUCAAGUUAGUGACUUAUCUAAAUAAAAAAAAAAAAGAACUCCAGUGUCAUGUUACAAUGUUUAAACAACGCAGUCAUGGUAGAUUUCUUUGAAUCCGUUUUAUCUUAAAUAGAGCAGUGCUCCAUCAUUUGUACCUCGUGUGAAGGAUUUGCUACGCAGCUCCUCCCAGGUCCGGAUACGCCCGCAGUUUUUAGUCCUCUUUUUCUGUGAUUGUGUCUACCUCCAGUGUUCAGAUCGGUUUAUAUGUAUGAAUGAGAACUACAGUAAAAAUCUCAGUAAUGAGCAGCUUUUCUAUUUGCAGCUUUUAAAAACAAUUGGAACAUUCUAAUUUUUAUAAAAUAUGACAACAGUGAGGAAAGUUGGUGUCAAAAACAUAAAUGAAGCCGACGUUAAACCUCCUAAUCUGUUAGAAUUCAAAUCUAGAACCUGUUUAAUUGUGCUACCUGUCUGAUCUUCAUCCCAGAGGUAUAAAGAGGUACAGAAUAGAUGAGGUUGGUGGUGAAGAAAUUAAACUCAGAAUAGUACAGCAUUUAUUGACUAUGAGAUGAUAUAAAAAGGAAAACGAUGAAAACUAGCUGAUUCCUCACCUAAAGAAGCAAUUACAGGAGGUAGAAAGAGGUAUUGGGUCACCUGGAGGACAAAAUGUUUUUUUUUUUCUUCUUUUUAUUUUAGAAAAAAAACAGACAUUUGGUUUAAAGAAUAAAGUCAAUGUGGUGAGAGAGAGAAUAUUUCUGUGUCAUGAUUAAAGUCAAAAUGUUAGGAAUAAAGUGGAAAUUGUAUUUUUGGGAAAGGUUUGAGCGCUGAUAUCGCUGUUCUUUCUGAGGUUUGGUUUAUGUGGGGAAAGCUGAAAGAGGAACCCCUUUUCUUCACAAAUCCUGUUCUAAACUCAUUUAUAAAGGUCAUGAUUGUCAGA